AUGGCCGCCGUAAAUGGACACCACGCAAACCCAGAUAACCACUUCUCGCCUUACCGCUCAGAUGGCAAGCUUUAUGGGUUCGUGUGUGUAGUGACGGGAGCCACGCAGCCUGUUGGAAGAGCCAUUGUUGCGGAACUGGCUGCUCAUGGUGCUGCUUGUGUCUAUGCCUGCUCAACGUCACCGAAAGACGACUACGCCAGCUUGGAAGCGGACGUCAACGCAAAGUUCCCCAGUACGAAGGUCAUUGGAUACCCGUUCAAGCUCGCCAACGAAGAAGACACUCUCCAACUCAUCGACGACGUGCUGAACAGCUGGGGAAGACUAGACGUCUUCGUCACGUCCUCCGGCCUUCUAGGUCCACCCACGAUCGCCGACACCACCCCGGCCGACAUCCACAAGCUCUUCGAAGCCAACGCCAUGAUGCCCUUCUUCGCCCUCAAAUACGCCCCGCCCGCCAUGCAAAAGACCACCCCCAAGGGCAACUACCCCAACGCCGCCCCGAAAGACCAAUCCUACGGCAGCGUUAUUGUCGUGGCGAGCGUAGCCAGCACGAGUGGAGGCUGCUGGGGUCCGGCGUUCACCAUGUCCAACCACGCGGCAUUAGGCGUCGUAAGAGCCGGCGUUGCGAGUUUGAAAGGGACGGGGGUGAGGAUCAAUUGCAUAAGUCCCGGACAGAUUGACGUUGGUGUGGAUUUGCAGGAAUUGGAUAAGAGGGGACAUGGCCAUCAGCUGCCGCCGUCGAGUCUGCAGUCGAAGGACGCGCAGCGGCAGAUGAUUGGGUUGGAGAGGGCGGGCAUGCCGAAUGAGGUCGCGAGGGCGGUGGGGUUCUUGUCGAGUGGAUUCUCGAGUUAUUUGCAUGGGCAUAACUUGGUGCUGGAUGGUGGGAGCAGCGUGAUGAAUCCGCUGACGGUGCCGUUAUCAUAG